AAAAUGAUUAUGAUAUUUACUUAAAUGAAUAAGACUACUUUAAAUGAUUUCGCACUGUCACUAAAAUUAUGAGGCAUUUUUUUACUCAAAACUUCAUAUAAACACAUGAUUUAAAGCCCUUAUACUUUAUAGUGAGUGAAAAGUAAUCCAGUUUAAUUUUAGUUAAGAAAAAAUGAAGCUUGCUCUCGUAAUAAGUCUUUUUUGUGUAUUUCUCACAGUUCAAGCUUCUGCUAAUGAUGGCACCUUAGUCCAAACUGAAAGUGGAAUGAUUAGGGGACAUAUUCUGAAAAGUGAAAAUGGAAAUAACUAUUAUGCUUUCCAAGAAAUACCAUACGCUGCUCCCCCAAUUGGGGAAAAUAGAUUUCAAAAUCCGAAAACUCCAAACGCAUGGCCUGGAAUUUUGGAUACAACAAAGAAUACCAAAGUUUGCUAUCAGACUGUGGUUAAAUAUAAUAACCUAGAAAUUAGCGAAGACUGCCUAUAUGUUAACGUAUACACCCCCCAAAAACCUGGAUCUGCUGAUCUUAUACCCGUUUUACUUUGGAUACAUGGUGGAGCAUUCCAAAACGAAUCCAGUACUUAUGAGUACUACGGUCCGAAGUAUAUUAUGGAUCAUGGUGUUGUUGUGGUUACAUUUAACUACAGAUUGGGACCAUUUGGUUUUGUUGGUACUCAAGACGGUGUGGUUCCUCUUAAUCUUGGUUUAAAAGAUCAGCGGUUUGCUAUAGAAUGGGUCAAUAGAAACAUUCACCUAUUCGGUGGAAAUCCACAGCAUGUGGUGCUAGUUGGUGAAAGUGCUGGAUCCAGAGCUGUAGGAUAUCAUCUAAUGGGCCCCUGGGAGGGAGAAAAACAGCUCUUUCAUGGUGUUAUUAUGCAAAGUGCGACACCUAUUUCAGGUGGUCGAAUGCAAGAUUCAGGCACUACAACAGAAACUGCUUUGGAAUUGGGUAGACGAGUAGACCCUUCGUUUGGUUCCAACGAUACUAAUGAACUUCUUCAAGUACUUCGAAAUGCUGAUGCCAAAGAUAUAAUUUAUUCUGGGAUACCUGGUGGACUUGCUGUUGAAGAUUCUGGUCCAUUUUCCUACCAAGGCUUUCAAGCAUUUUUGGACGGAAACUACAAAAAGGUUCCUGUUUUAAUUGGAUUUAAUUCAGAGGAAUGGGGCUUCAUAGCUUUCGAGACCGAUGAACAAGCUUUAGAAGAAUUAGAUAAAAAUCCUAGUAAUUUGGUCGUUAAAGGGCUCAAUAUGUCUCCAGAAGACAGACCACUCGCUGGAGAAUUGUUAAAAGAAGUCUAUACACACAAUACAAGCUUUGCUGGAAAUAUGGGGUAUUUCGUAAGAUAUAAUAGCGACAGCUUGUUCACCACAUCAACAUGCAAACAAGUUGAAUUAGCAUCUACGUUAGUGCCGUACUACUUCUACCAGUUUUCUUACAAAGGAUAUAUAGGAGGAGCUAUGGACAUGAUACUGCCACCAGGUUGUGGGAAGGUAGUUCAUUCUGAAGAUCUUCACUAUAUGUGGGAUGAUGGUAAUAACAGUGACCUAAGUAAAUUCCCAGAAGAAGAUCGUUUAAUGUUACAUCAAUACGUCGUUAUGUGGACUAAUUUCGUUAAAUAUUUCAAUCCUACACCUGUACAAGAUCCUUUGUUAAAUAAUUUCAUCUGGCUACCUUCAGAGCCCAACAGUCUUCGAUAUAUGAACAUCAACACAACAUUUGAAAUGCUUGAACAGCCAAGACAAUACCCUCAAAUAAAGCAGAUAUUAGAGAAAUAUAUGGAACCACCCUAUAACGUAUUUUCUUAAAAAUUACAUGCGUUAAUUUUUAAAACAAUUUUAAAUAUAUUUUUUGUUAUUUUAACUGUAUUAUAAUAAAAUGUAAAAUAUUUUAUUAUAAAAAAUUUUAGAGGAACAA